AUGCUCGGCCCAUCUCCUUAUGGAGAAAACUCUAGAGCAAUGACAGAAGCUGAAAUUGAGGACACAAUCAAUGAUUUUGUUAAUUCUGCAAAAAUUGCAGAAUUAACGGGCGCUGAUGGUGUCCAAAUUGAUUGCGGCCAUGGAAAUCUACUUUCACAGUUCCUUUCUCCAGCACUUAACCAGAGAACAGAUAGUUGGGGAGGUGAUGACGAAAACAGACUUCGCAUUGUACAUGAAAUUGUGAAGAACAUAAGGAAGGAAGUCAAAAAGAAUUUUGCAAUUUCUGUAAAAAUCAACGGACACGAUUGCAUCAAAGGAGGUGUUACUCCAGAGCUUGCGGCGAAGUACAUCAUGAAGUUACCUGAUGUCCAAAUGUUCGAAAUUACAUGCGGAGUUCUGAACCAAAUGACAUCCAUUCGCUCCAGAACAAACGAAGAGUCGAUGACAAGAAAUGCAACCGAAGAACAAAAAGUCAAAAUCAAAAAGACUGCUUCAAAAGCCGAUCCAGAAUUUCCAUUUUACGAGGGAUACAAUAAUAAAUACACAGAAGAAAUCCGCCGAAUUGUUGGACCAAAUCCUACUCUUGCUGUUGUCGGCGGACUCCGUCAGUUCUCGAUGAUGGAGAAAAUCGUCAAAGAUGGAACAGUUGACUUUGUUGCGCUUUGCAGGCCAUUCAUAAGGCAACCAACAAUAGUUGCCGAAUUUAAGAAGAAUGCCACAAAGAGCAAAUGCCACUCUUGCGGUGAAUGCUCUCUUAAAAGACCAACAAAUGCAAUUGAAUGCACAUGGCCAAAGUUUUAA